AUGGAAAGCCCGACGGAGAACCCAACGAGGGCUGCGGAAUAUCUGAAGGAGCUGAAUAACAUCAUCGAGACCCAGCAGGAGUUACUGGAGCGACAGAGGAGUAGAAUAGAGGAGCUGGAGCAGCAAGUGUCCGACCUGUGCGCGGAGAACAGCCGUCUGACGGAGCAGUACCAGAGACACCUGGCCACAUGCAGGCUGCAACAGGUUCGUGAGGCGAAUCCAAACAGCCAGUCUGAGUGUGACAGUCCCAGGAUGGUCAGGAGACAUGCGUCCCUGCCCAUCGAAGGGAUAGAGAGUCCUGGCAGUUUGGAGUCUGCAGGCUGCAGAAGAGGCUUUCCCUGCCGCAAGUGGAAGUCAGCAUCCUUGGGUGUGGAAGGGGAUGGACGGCCGAAUGAAAGUGGCCCUUCCCUGGAUGGUGGAGCCAGCUACGGCCGGGGCCCAGUGACUCACGGCUCGGCCAUCAGCCCUGACCGAUUUGACGGCCCACUUUAUAGCCACGGUGUCCAGCCUGGGCCCCAGAGGCCCCGUCGGCCCAAGCUCCAACACUCACAGUCCAUCCUCCGCAAGCAGGCUGAGGAGGAGGCCAUCAAGCGCUCUCGCUCACUCUCUGAGAGCUAUGAGCUCUCUGCUGACCUCCAAGACAAACAGGUGGAGAUGCUGGAGCGUAAAUAUGGCGGACGCUUCAUAACCCGGCAUGCGGCCCGCACCAUCCAGACAGCCUUCCGCCAAUACCAGAUGAACAAGAAUUUUGAGCGUCUCAGGAGUUCUAUGUCUGAAAAUCGCAUGUCCAGACGCAUCGUUCUCUCCAACAUGAGAAUGCAGCUCUCCUUUGAGGGCCCUGAGAAAGUCCACAGCUCCUACUUUGAAGGGAGGCAGGUAUCCAUGACAGAGGACGGCACCCCGCUCUCCAUGGUGCAGUCUGAAUGUGGAGAAAUGGAGGUUCACCAGCAGGCCAACAUGGCGCCUCAUCCAGCCACCCAGGGUGACCUGACGGAUGCCAUUACGGAGCUGGAGGAUGCCUUUUCCAGACAGGUCAAGUCCCUGGCAGAGUCUAUAGAUGACGCUCUAAAUUGUCGUAGCCUUCAGGGGGACGAGGGCCCCGACCCAGAAGCUGUGGGCUGUACGGAGGUUGAAAGGGAAGUUCCCUACCAGGUGAAACCCCAUCGUGGGGCAGCUGGACGUAUUCAUGAUGAAAUGAUGGCAUCCUACAGCGAUGUUACUCUAUUCAUUGACGAGGAGGACAUGCCCCCUUCCAUUGCUCUGUCGAGAUCAGCAGACCAGCCCUCUAGCACAGAGUCGGACUUGCGGCUGCGUUCUGUUAACUCUUCCCAGGAGUACUGGCCAAUGGACAUUAAGGAGGAAGGCCGCGACACGGACACCAGCUGCCGUAGCACUCCCUCUCUGGAGUGCCAGGAGCAGCGUCUUAGAAUGGACCACCUCCCUCUGCUGACCAUCGAGCCUCCCAGUGACAGCUCGGCAGAGCUCAGUGACCGCUCUGAGCGCAGCUCUGUCAAAAGGCCGCCUGUGUAUGAGCCCCAUGGCCACAUUGUAACGUCAUCCCAGGCAAGCCCCAAACAUAUUUCCCACGGACCCCCACCACGAGCCUCCUCCCGUGAUGAUGAGGCGCCCCUGCGCCACCGCCACCGCCAGCUGGAAAGCCAUCUGGCCAUCAACGGCUCGGCCAACCGGCAGAGUAAGUCUGAGUCUGACUUCUCUGAUGGGGACAACGACAGCAUCAACAGCACUUCCAACUCCAAUGACACCAUCAACUGUAGCUCUGAGUCCUCAUCCAGAGACAGCUUGCGAGAGCAGACGCUUAGCAAGCAGACCUACCACAAAGAGACUCGCAAUAGCUGGGACUCACCAGUCUUCAGCAACGAUGUCAUCCGCAAGAGGCACUACCGGAUCGGCUUGAACCUCUUCAACAAGAAACCGGAGAAAGGCAUUCAGUACCUGACUGAGAGGGGAUUCGUCCCCGACACCCCAGUGGGUGUGGCUCACUUCCUGCUGCAGAGGAAGGGCCUAAGCCGGCAGAUGAUUGGAGAAUUUCUUGGCAACAGGCAAAAACAGUUCAACAGAGAUGUCCUAGACUGUGUGGUGGAUGAGAUGGACUUCCAGGGAAUGGAGCUUGAUGAGGCCCUCAGAAAGUUUCAGAACCACAUCCGUGUCCAGGGCGAAGCCCAGAAAGUGGAGCGCCUCAUUGAAGCAUACAGCCAGCGCUACUGCAUCUGUAACCCGACCGUGGUGCGGCAGUUCAGGAACCCUGACACCAUCUUCAUCCUGGCCUUCGCCAUCAUCCUCCUCAACACUGACAUGUAUAGCCCCAACGUCAAGCCUGAGAGGAAGAUGAAGUUGGAGGACUUCGUUAAAAAUCUACGAGGUGUGGAUGACGGGGAGGAUAUCCCCAGGGAGACUCUGAUUGGCAUUUACGAACGGAUCCGUAAGCGGGAGCUGAAAACCAACGAAGACCACGUGUCACAAGUGCAGAAGGUCGAGAAGCUCAUCGUGGGAAAGAAACCGAUUGGAUCGCUCCACCAUGGCCUAGGAUGUGUCCUGUCCCUGCCCCAUCGCAGGCUGGUGUGUUACUGCCGUCUGUUUGAAGUGCCAGAUCCCAACAAACUCCAGAAGCUGGGUCUGCAUCAGCGUGAGAUCUUCCUGUUCAACGACCUCCUUGUGGUCACAAAGAUUUUCCAGAAAAAGAAGAAUUCGGUGACGUACAGCUUCAGACAGUCCUUUUCAUUGUAUGGCAUGCAGGUCAUACUGUUUGAAAAUCAGUAUUACCCAAAUGGAAUCAGGCUGACAUCAGCGAUUCCAGGUGCGGACAUCAAAGUCCUCAUCAACUUUAACGCGCCAAACCCCCAGGACCGCAAGAAGUUCACAGAUGACCUGCGGGAGUCCAUUGCGGAGGUUCAGGAAAUGGAGAAAUACAGAAUAGAGUCCGAGCUGGAGAAGCAGAAGGGCGUGGUGAGGCCCAGUAUGUCGCAGAGCUCAGGUCUGAAGAAGGAGGCUGGUAAUGGGAGCAUGAAUCGAGCCAGUCUGGACGACACCUAUGCCAUGGGAGAGGGCCUGAAAAGGAGUGCACUCAGCAGCUCUCUCCGAGACCUCUCCGAAGCAGGCAAGCGAGGGCGCCGCAGCAGUGCAGGAUCACUAGACAGCAAUAUGGAAGGGUCCAUCAUUAGCAGUCCUCACACGCGCAGAAGAGCCACCACCCCACGUGAAGGCGCGCCCCGUGGCCACCCCUCCAUCCCUAAUUCGGCGUCAACCUCCAUCCUCGGGUCCCUCUUUGGCAGCAAGCGAGGGAAGCCAUCAUCCCAGAGCCACCAACCUAUUACUCCUCACAGUCACCCCACCCUCAUAUCCCACAAGCCCCACCCGUCCAACCUGCACCAUACUGCACAGGUAGCGCACGCAGUGCAAGCCCAAGUCCAUGGCCACCAUUCCCAGUACUGCCAAGUCCAACAGAACCCACCGCCGUACCACCAUCACCACCACUACCACCCACCGCCCCACACGCAGUUCCACCAGCACCCGGCCUACACCUCACAUGCCCACCAACACACCCAUUCACAGCACAGCCACCACAGCCAGCAUUCCCAUCAUGCUUCGCACUCCCAGCAUGCUCUUCACCACCACAGUCAGCAGUCGGGUUCGGCACCUGGCGGACCCAAACCCAAACACAGUGGCAUCAGCACCGUGGUGUGACAUAUUCCCUCACAAACAGAUGAAGGAGGAGGAGAGAAAUCAUGAGGGAACUUGGUAAAGGAGGGACAAAUGCUUACACCAAAGGGACUGACAGCAUAAAUCUCUGGCCUGUCCACUGUGUUUUCCGACUGCUGUGAUGGAGAUGGAUCACAGACGGUCACUUAUUUCCCCUUCAACUCCCACCUAAUAUGGCAAAUGGGGACUCAAAUCUUCCACCAGGGGCCUUUGUUAGCUCACCACGUUAUGAGCUCGGCUCCAUCAGGGUUUCGGGAGGGGGGUGUUAAUGGGCGUGGGGGGUUGUUCUGCGCUGAGAGAUGCUGUUUAUUUUCCGCAAAUUUACUCACUAUCUGCCCGUGAUGGCUAAAGAGAGAUUGGGUUUUCUCGGUAAGCCGCUCCUCAUUGCUCCAUUCCUCCAAAAAAGCCUGUCUUCCCUACACAUAACCGGGAGGAAAGACAACCCAGGAAAGUCACAAGAAAAACACGAAUGACUGCUUUCUCUUGUCACAGUGAUGGCAUAUUAUGUUGUGCACAGUCUUUUCUGAACUCUCAACACUGCUUUCUUGGGUUUGCAGAUCCUAUCAUCAUUUAAGAAUGCUAUUUGUUGUUGCCUCUUGUAGGACUCAUAUGUAGUGGAAAAACCUAGAUAUAAUCAUUUCACAAUAACUUGAUCCACAGACAGGUUAACAACUUAGUAGACAGGCUCAGUCAUAGUAGUUCUAGUGCUGUAUUUACUGUAGAUGACAGCUAUAUGUGUUGUCUCCUAGCGCUCAUAAAUAACUGUGCCAAUUACUAAUGCAUAAUCUAUUUAGUCAAGACUUCAUGUACAGUAUAUUGUGCGUAAAGUUAAUUGUAAGAUUAUACUUACAACAAUUAUUAUUAUCAAUAAAAACGAAUUUUUAUCAGUAUUAUACUGACUCUAUGGUAACAGGAAUAUGUACAUCUGAAAGGAGUGAACUCCAAUUCAGUAUGGCCUAUAAUCUAUUGUGAGAUCUUUGCCUUUCAAAUGAAACGGAGAGCCUCUGAACUGCAGCUGUAGCAUAUGGGCCCCGAAACGCUCUCGGCUGGGACGCCUCAGAGCAGACAUUUCAACUUUGGGUGGAUGUGUUGAGCUGGCGGAGUCCCUUUAAUCUCAGUGUAUCACUUGUCACUGUGGCUGCUUGAAACGUGUAACGUGUCGAGGAUUGGUGCCGAAAGGUUCCUUUUUUUUUAGAUUCAAGUUAUUACUAAUAAACACGACGUUUAUUUAGUUCACUGACUUUCAUUUAGUCCCCCCCCCCCAACAACACAUUGUGACCGUCGUUUUAUCCACCAAAACUUCCUGCCUGUCUCCCCAGGGUCAAAGGGGGGGGGGUGUACCCUGUUUUACCGUAAUGAACAGAAUAAAUGGGGAAAUACAUAUUAACACAAGUCACUGUCGGACCUUUCAGUUUCAGACACUUUUUGAGUUUGCAAGGAGGCUCGGGUCGCCUCGCCGAGAGACCCACGGGACGGGCCUGCACGGCCUCUUGCCUUUCACAUAUGCUACAGCUGCUUUUCUCGACUCUUCAAAUCAAAACAACAGGAACACUUCAGAUUUACUUUUGGCCUUCUGUAUUGUGUGUCUUAUGUGUUAUUCACCGAUCACGCAUGGUGGGUGAAGAAAUCUGCUCUUAUAAAUAGUGAAGUAUUUUCAUUUUUCGGCUUUUUCUUUUCUUUUUUUUUUACUCAUGUGUGCAAUAUCUUUGCACUGACUUUGUACAUUUAGAACAAGCAAGGUAUCCCCCCCCCCCGUGUGUGUUUUCAUGUUUUUUCGUUAUUUAUUUAUAUAGUUUUUGUCGGUUUCCCCCCAGUAAAUUAAUGUGUGGCUGUCCUCAUAGUCUUUAAGAAGUGCAGUCUUGGAGUUCAGUGGAAUGUCUAAUAAGUAAUUCUGCAUGUAAUGUUAUUGAUGUGGGGCUAUCCUCUGCACAUUGUAUAACAAAUCAGUGUUACCAUAGCAAGUUUUAAGUGCAAUCAUGUUCAGAAAUGCAGACUUGGACUAAGAGUGGGAGUCUGCUAUCAUAUUGUCCAGGACGAGAUUCAGGUGAAGAAAAUAUCUUUUUCAUUUUAGAAUAUAUAUAAAUACUUACAGAGUUCACAGUAGAAAGAGGAAUGUGUGUAUAUAUUUUAAUAAAGGAAAAAUGCGUCCCUUUUGGCUGAAAAGAAAUAUUUUGCUGGAUAAGCACAUAUGAAAGAACGCUUUCAUUUUUUUUUUCUUCAGGAAAUGCAGUUAUAAUAUACAGCAGAAAUGCAAACAGAACAAGGAACUGGGUAUAUGUAAAGAAUAAUAACUUUCUACAUUCUACAAAUAAGAUUAUAUUAUGGUGUGUAAAUUAGUGAAGAGUCCACUGUUUGUCCCAAUAUUCAGGUUGUAAAUGUAUUUUAACAGUCACAAAGAAAACCAUUACCGUAAGUCCGACUUGCACAGCCGAAAUCACCCCGUUCUCCUCAUGUAAUACUCAUACUGUUAUUAUGAUGUGGAGGAAAGCUUGGAAAAUAAACAUAUCUAAUAUGGGACAUUGAUGGUCAGUUGAAGGCAUCCUACCGUUGAUUUCGUAUAUCCGCUAAUACUCUGAAAUCUUGGGAUGAUGUAAAAAAAAAAAGCAAAAAAAAAACAGGACAUCUGUUUAUUUUGGUGUGUUUUCUUUAGUGCUUCAAAUGUCCAUAUUCUUCUAGUGGUAGAAGAUACCCCAACAAUGCACUGCAUGAAUCUGAUGCAUCGUGUGUCCUAUUCACUGUGAGCUGACUGGAAGAAAUCAGCCUGUAAAGUUUUGACCUCUCCUUUAUUUUUUUAUUUUUAUUUUUUUGGUUUUGGUUUCAUUUGGAGUUUCCUGAUGUUGACUUGCUCGUGCUGUUCCACAUUACGCCCAUAGUUACUGGAGCUCAGCAUGCAUUUCAUCUCCAUAAGCCAUCACAUAAAGAACAAACACAAGAGACCGUUGCACUUCAGUCGGCCGGGGGCUUUCAUCGUGUAAAUAAUGAUUUGAUGUGCAAACUGAUCAGCUUCAUCGAAGGAGGUUUUAUCCACAUUUUAAGUUGUAAAGGGACCAAGUGGGAGAGGGGGAAACAACAACAACAACAGCAACAACUGUGUAUAUAAUGUGUAUAUGAUCACUACUCUAUUCUGAUAUCUGCAGUAAAGAUCAGGAUGUAUAAUGUGUCACCUCAUAAGAGGGAUGAGAGGGGUGAGUUUAAACAUAUCGCUUGUCUCUGCCUCGAGCUACAGUGAACUGACAUUCGCUGUAGAGCUCACAAACAGACUGUUAGAAAGUUCGCUGCCAUUUACAUCCACUAAAAACUCUCUCACACGUAUGAAUCCCUCCGCACACACAAACACACACACACAUGGGGACAUGCACAUGCAUAGAGACAUACAUACACACAUGCACAUCCUAUCACGCCGCAAGCUGUUCUGUCAGGUGUGACACACAUUUGGGGGGGGGGGGGAGACAAGAGUGGCCUCAUUUCUAUGUGCAUUCUGUUUGUACAGUGAGUAGUGAGUCAGUAAGACCCCAGUUAUUGUAAAA